AUGAUCUCCUUUGGAUACUGCCAAAGCAAUGCUGAUCAUACCUUAUUUAUGAGGAAUUGUAGAGGCAAAAUCAUACUACUUAUUGUCUAUGCGGAUGAUAUUGUGGUAACUGGUGACGAUAAGGAAGAAAUGGCUCUUUUAAAGGAGCGCCUAGCACAGAAGUUUGAAAUCAAAGAUUUGGGAAUGCUCAAAUACUUUCUUGGAAUAGAGGUUGCCAGAUCAGAUAAGGGAAUCUUUAUUUCUCAAAGAAAGUAUAUCUUGGAUCUGUUGGAAGAAACAGGAAUGCUGGGCUGUAAACCGGCAGAGUCUCCUAUUAAGGCCAAUCAUAAAUUGCAAGCUGGAGUUGAAAAAUCAGUGGAUUUAGGAAGAUAUCAGAAGUUGGUUGGCAAACUAAUUUAUCUUUCGCACACUAGAUCGGACAUAGCAUAUGCAGUUGGUCUAGUGAGCCAGUAUAUGUAUGAUCCCCGUGAAUCUCAUUUGGAGGUUGUUUUCUGCAUCUUGUGA